GCCGCCGAGUUCCGCCUCAGCAGCCAUGGCCGCGUAGCGUCUCCUCGGCAGCCGUGUUCGGACAUGGGCCUGCCCCGGGCCGGCGGGCUGAGGCAGCGCGUCCCCGCCGCGGUGAGUACGGGGCCAGGCCCACCGCGGGCACCGCUCCGCGCCCUUCUCCAGCAGCUGCGGGAGGGGCGGGCGCCCUUGGAGGGGACCACGGGCCCGGGCGCGCCGUGCGGAGCGGGGGUGCGGCCCACAACGGGCGGCGGGGUGCGGGGCCGGGCCGAGCGGAGAGGAGCGGGCGGGGAGCGGCGGGGGCCGCAGCAUUCGGCGCCGCGGUGACCUUGGGCGGCCACAGCCCCCCGGUCGCGGCGUGAAGGGCCGGGGCUGGGCGGAGGGGGCGGCCGGAGAGCCGCUGUCAGGGCGGUGCGGCGUCACGGAUUGCUGCGGGCCGGGCCUCGGUGCGGGAUGAGCCGCUGCGGGAGUCGGGGCCGAGCCUCCGUCACUGCCCUGGCACCGGGCUGCUUGUAGGCCGGAAUUCGCACGAUGGAUGAGUUACAGUGCUUUGGAAGGUCAAAGAGUAAUACCUCAUUCAUCAGCUGCCGUGGGGAGCUGCUCAUCUGAAAAAGGUGUACAAGUUUCUCCAGAUAAGAAAACUACUGGUAGAAGCUUGUAAGAAGUUGUACCAUCCUAGAAGGGAGAUAAAUAACAACAUUAACAUGCCUGCUGUGGCAUCUGUACCUAAGGAGCUGUAUCUGUGUACUUCAUUGAAAGAUCUCAACCAGAAGACAGAAAUAAAGCAUGAAAAGACCAAUAGUACAAAGAGUUAUGUGCAGAGUGCCCUUAAGAUUUUCAAAGCCGCAGAAGAAUGCAGAUUGGACCGAGAUGAAGAGAAAGCUUAUAUCCUGUACAUGAAAUAUGUGGCUGUUUAUAAUUUUAUUAAAAAGAGACCUGAUUUUAAGCAGCAACAGGAUUAUUUCCAUUCCAUUCUUGGGCCUACAAACUUAAAAAAAGCUAUUGAAGAAGCUGAAAGACUGUCAGACAGCCUUAAACUCAGAUAUGAGGAAGCUGAAGUACGGAAAAAACUUGAAGAGAGGGACAGACAGGAACUGCAGAAAAAGCAAGAACCAAAAGAUGAUGGAAAGAGUUCAGCCAAAACCUCAUCAGAAAGUACAGUAGAUUGCAAAGGAAAAAGCCAAAGGAUUAAUGGCGAGACGAAGCAUUCACUGGAAAGAAAGGAUCAGGCUGAGAGUUUUAGUGGAGCAGUGACAGCUGAGAAGUUGUUUGCAAUGAUGACAGACAAAACCAUUGAAUUGAUUAUAAUGGAUACUCGAAGCUUGAAGGACUACCAAGAAUCCUGUAUUCCAAGAUCUGUCAGCGUUCCAGAAGAAGCUAUCAGUCCUGGAGUUACUGCUAGUUGGAUUGAAGCUAGACUCCCAGAGGAUUCUAAAGAUCCAUGGAAGAAGAGAGGACACUUUGAUUAUGUUGUACUGCUGGACUGGUUUAGUUCUGCAGAAGACUUAAAUAUAGGAACAACUCUUCGGAGUCUGAAAGAUGCACUUUUUAAGUGGGAAAGCAAAACUAUACUGCAGAAUGAACCUUUGGUUCUAGAAGGAGGCUAUGAAAACUGGCUCCUUUGCUUUCCCCAGUACACAACAAAUGCUAAAGUAACUCCACCCCAACAUGGCAAGAGUGAAGCAGUAACCGUGUCUUUGGAUUUUACGUAUCCAUCUCUAGAAGAGCCAGCUCCUGCUCCACCUGUUGCCCCUAUAAAGCCUUCUCCAACAGAAGUGGUUGAAAAUGAAGAAACUGGAGCUAAUUUGGAAGAGAGGCUAAAAUCACUGAACAGACCAAGUGUGGAAGGUGCUGCUGUUCCAAAACCUGACAGCUCAUUUGUAGUUAAUCCAGCAUCGAUAACAAGAAGUAUCCCUGAGGUUGAUCGUUCUAAAAAGCCUUCAAUAAAGAUACCUGAUGAUAAUAAAUCAAAAUCUGAAAGUACGCUCAGUGACAGCCAACCUAUUGAGAAGGGCCGCGUGGUUCCGGACCGGUCCACAAAGCCAUUACUUGAUGCUAAGAGUGUUCUGACAGAAGAAGAAAAAAGCCGUGUGCAUGCAGAAACUGCUGCUCUGAUGGAGAAAAACAGACGAGAAAAAGAACUGCGGGAGAGGCAGAAGGAAGAACAAAAAGAGAGAAUCAAGCGAGAAAAGGAAGAACAGGAGCAAAAGGCAAAGGAAGAACAGAGAGAAAAGGAACACAAAGAAAAGCUACAGCAAUCCAAGGAGGAGAGGGAACAGAAGGAGAGAGACGAGCAGAUAAAAAGAGAACAGGAGGAGAAGGAAAAAGAAAAAGCACGCAAAGAAGCAAUAGAAGCAAAAAAGCAAAAUAAAAAUGAACCAGAAAGCAUUGAUGCAAAAAAGGUUGAGACUGACAAAAUAUCUAUAGAAAAAAGAGAAAAGGGAACUCGAACACCGGAUACGCAGAGACGUGUACUGGGUGAUGUAUCUCCAAAUAAGCAAACUGAGGUUAAAGGACAACCAGACAGUGGAGCUCAAAAGCCAGGACCCCUUAGAGAGGAUUCUGAACAAGAUACUGAAAGACUUAAAUCCCAGCGGGAGCCAUUGACCAGAGCACGAAGUGAAGAAAUGGGGAGGGUAAUACCAGGACUGCCUGACGGUUGGGCAAAGUUUCUGGAUCCAAUCACUGGAACCUUUCGUUACUAUCACUCGCCAACGAACACUGUUCAGAUGUAUCCACCAGAAAUGGCUCCCUCAUCCACCCCUCCAGCCACCCCACCAACCCGCAAACCCAAGCCACAGGUGGCUGUUGAGCGGGAACGAGAGCACUCCAAACUGAAACGCUCCUACUCAUCCCCAGACAUAACCCAAGCCAUUCAGGAGGAAGAGAAGAAAAGAAUUCCUGUAACUCCUGCAGUCAAUCGUGAAAAUAAACCAGCCUAUUACCCUAAAACAGAAAUUUCAAGACUCUCUGCGUCACAGAUUAGGAACCUUAAUCCUGUGUUUGGGGGAUCGGGACCAGCUCUUACAGGACUUCGUAAUCUAGGGAACACUUGCUAUAUGAACUCCAUAUUACAGUGUCUGUGCAACGCACCUCACCUAGCUGAGUAUUUUAACAAAAACUUGUAUCAAGAUGAUAUUAACAGGUCCAAUUUCCUGGGGCAUAAAGGUGAAGUGGCUGAAGAAUUUGGAGUAAUAAUGAAAGCUUUGUGGACAGGACAGUAUAAAUAUAUCAGUCCAAAAGACUUCAAAAUUACAAUUGGGAAGAUUAAUGACCAGUUUGCAGGAUACAGCCAGCAAGACUCCCAGGAGCUGCUUCUCUUUCUCAUGGACGGCUUGCACGAAGACCUCAAUAAAGCUGACAACAGGAAAAGAUACAAGGAAGAAAACAAUGAUCAUCUCGAUGACCUCAAAGCAGCAGAACUAGCCUGGCAGAAGCACAAACAGCUCAACGAAUCCAUUAUUGUGGCACUCUUCCAAGGCCAGUUCAAAUCAACAGUGCAGUGUCUCACGUGUCACAAGAAGUCCCGGACCUUUGAGGCUUUCAUGUAUUUGUCCUUACCACUUGCAUCCACUAGUAAAUGCACACUGCAGGAAUGCCUUAGAUUGUUCUCCAAAGAGGAAAAGCUCACCGAUAACAACAGAUUUUACUGUAGCCAUUGCAAAACUCGAAGGGAUUCUUUGAAAAAAAUAGAAAUUUGGAAAUUACCACCUGUGCUUCUCGUGCACCUGAAACGAUUUUCCUAUGAUGGAAGAUGGAAGCAAAAGCUUCAGACCUCUGUAGAUUUCCCAUUGGAAACUCUUGACCUUUCACAGUAUGUUAUUGGUCCAAAGAAUAAUUUGAAGAGAUACAAUCUAUUUUCAGUAUCAAAUCAUUAUGGUGGGUUGGAUGGAGGGCACUACACCGCCUACUGCAAAAACGCCUCAAAACAGCGCUGGUUUAAGUUUGAUGACCAUGAAGUAUCUGAGAUCUCAGCAUCAUCUGUGAAAUCCUCAGCUGCAUAUAUUCUCUUUUACACUUCUUAUGAACAAAGAGCAGUGGAUAUGGCCACAUAAAGUAGUAUGGGUUAAGAAAACUGGUUUUCUUUUUUAUAAGAACAAAGUAGUUAUGGGAAGGCAAAUAAACAUGCAAAACUAUGGCAGAUGUAGUCAUUAAAGUUACGGGGAUGGUUGCAGCAGCUUCUCUGCAAGCAAGCUCUUUCUGGCCCGUACUAUUGCUUAAAUCAGAGUGAUUAAUAAUGCUUGUGGUAAUACUGCCAUCUGUGAAACCAUUUAAAAGCAUACUUUGCAUUACCGUUUAUUUAAAAAAAAAACUAUAUUUUUAGUCUGCUCCAAGAUUAAAUUCUAGCUUAGUCAUCUGAAAUCUAUUAACAAGUAGUUGAAGAUGUCUAAAAUUCCCAAGGCAUAUCUUGAUUUUUAUCUUCAUUCUUUCACUGGUAUGGCCUUUUCACAUUUCUAACCUUAAGCUUGAUUCUACUGUGAAUACUCUAGAAUGAUGUAAACAGUUAGGAAUGUCAGUGUACAUAUUGAUUGCAUACUUGCACAUCAGAACUAUGUAUAUAAUAAAACGUUGUCCUUUUUGUGAGAAACUCUAAAACUCAGAGGAUUGCUUUAAUUUGCCAGCUCUUAAGUAACUGCAACACUACUUAUUUAAAAGAAAAAAAAAGCAGAGCUGUAUUUUUUGUUAGCUUUUGUCAAUAUUUGUGCACUUCAGAGUUACUCUAAACAAACAAGACUUUCCUUUUUAAUUUUUUAAUAUAAAUUUUCAUGUAUACAUGCAUUAAAAACCUUAAGAAAUGAUUUAAAAAUAUAUCCUGUUAAACAUA